GCAGCCACGUGACCCUCUGGGUGUCCGUCCGAGCCGUGCUGGCCGCAGAGGCGCCCGCACCAGCCCGGCUGCUGCCCGCAGCCUCCACGGUGCCGCCCUCCGGAGAGACCACGCUCCAUGGGGAUGCCGGGCGGGGAGACGGUGUCGGAGCCGCCGGCGGCCCUGGGCGCCCUGGAGAAGCCGCCCGGCUCAGCCAUCCUGUGCACCACCUGCGGGAACGUGUGCAGGGGCGAGGUGCUGCGGGUGCAGAGCCAGUACUUCCACCUCAAGUGCUUCGUCUGCAAAGUGUGCGGCUGCGACCUGGCCGAGGGCGGCUUCUUCGUGCGCCAGGGCGAGCACAUCUGCACGCGGGACUACCAGCGGCUGUACGGCACCCGCUGCUUCAGCUGCGACCGCUUCAUCGAGGGCGAGGUGGUGUCGGCGCUGGGCAGGACCUACCACCCCGACUGCUUCGUGUGUGCCGUCUGCCGGUUGCCCUUCCCGCCCGGGGACCGAGUGACCUUCAACGGGAAGGAAUGCAUGUGCCAGAAGUGUUCCCUGCCCAAGUCCGCGGGUGGCAGCACGCACCUGUCCCAGGGCCUCUGGAGUUGUGGGGGCUGCGGCACAGAAAUCCAAAGCGGCCAGUCCCUGGUGGCUCUGGACAGGCACUGGCACCUGGGCUGCUUUAGGUGCAAGGCCUGCGGCAAGGAGCUGAGCGCCGAGUACAUCAGCAAGGACGGGCUGCCCUACUGCGAGGCCGACUACCACGCCAAGUUCGGCAUCCGCUGCGACGGCUGCGAGAAGUACAUCACGGGGCACGUGCUGGAGGCGGGCGAGAAGCACUACCACCCGCUGUGCGCGCUCUGCGUCCGGUGCGGCCGGAUGUUCGCCGAGGGCGAGGAGAUGUACCUCCAAGGCUCCUCCAUCUGGCACCCGGCCUGCCGGCAAGCAGCCAGGACUGAGGACAAGAGCAAGAUGCAGAAGCAGGUUUGCCGGGGCACCACCCCCUGUGCCUUCCAGGAGACCAGGACGUCCUCCGAGAGCAUCAUCUCUGUGCCUGCGUCCAGCACCUCGGGGUCCCCCAGCCGCGUCAUCUAUGCGAGGCUGGGCGACGAGAUCCUGGACUACAGAGACCUGGCUGCCCUCCCCAAGAGCAAGGCCAUCUACAACAUCGACCGCCCUGACAUGAUCUCCUACUCGCCCUACGUCAGCCACGCGGGGGACCGGCAGAGCUGCCUCGAGUCGCCCCAGUUGCUCUCGCCAACGCUGACCGAGGGAGACCAGGACGACCGCUCCUCCAGGCAGUGCCGCACCUCCAGCCCCAGCUCCGCCGGGUCGGUCAGCCUUGGGCGCUACACUCCGACCUCACGGUCGCCCCAGCACUACAGCCGGCCAGCUGGUACUGUGAGUGUUGGUACCAGUAGCUGCCUGUCCCUGUCCCAACACCCAAGCCCUACGUCCGUGUUCAGGCACCAUUACAUCCCCUACUUCCGAGCCCUAGCUGACUCAUACACUGCAGAGAGACUCAGCAGGAGCAGAAGCAGCCGUGCCGUUCUGCCUUCUGUCCAGAGGGGACCAGGAGGAGGCAGGCUCUGCAGGUUUACACUCUCAGCUGACGGUCACCAGACGGGCUCCUUGCUUCCCUUAUAUCGUCACCAUCACUGGCUUCCUGUGGCCUCAUCGGGUCUGCUGGGAAGAGGGCCCCUGGUCCUGGGGACCACAUCCUCCUGGAGCACCGAUCCUGCCACCGCGGUCCCUGCAGGACCCACUGACUCUUGAAAAGCGGCCAAGCUGGAAAUGGUGCAUUUUGUGACGGGUCCCUCGGGGGACGGUGUGGCAGGGCGAGGAGAGGAACCGUCCCGUGGAGAAACCUGGCACCACCCCGACCUCGGCCAGGGGCCCGGGUCAGCAUCACGUGAUGGGUCAUGUGACAGCAGGUGCCCUGGACCCGAUGGGGUGAGAGGGCACCUCUGUGGUCUUCCUCCCAAGAACCAUGCCCUCCGCCUGGUCUGAGGAAAACAUCAGGAACCCACCACGGAGCCUUUGGCAGACCCCCUGGCCCACGCAGAGCCGGUCGUGAAGGACAAGGAGAAUCUGGUGCCCAGGUCCAGAGGGCCCAGGAGAGGGACGGCUGGACAGGACGUGUGUCGGGGGAUCCUGGGCCAGGAAAGAUCUUCAGAUAAAAGCGGGUGAGGCCCACGUCAAUGUGGCGUUUGUGGAACCCCGUUGCCGUGAUGCCCGUGACGUGAGCCCUUUGCUGGAAGUAAAAGAAGGCGGCUUUUCAACGGCCAGGGCUCCCCAUCGCUAGCAAGCACCGCCCCCCGCCCCCACCCUCACCCCGUCCGGC